AUGACUAUGAGCUAUGGGACAUUGUCAUCAAUGGUUUAUUGGCUACGUUGGAAAAAUGCUAAAGGAGUAGAUGUGCCAAAGACAAGAGUUGAUUACACUGCUGAGGACUUGAGAAAGUGGGAGAAGAAUGAUAAAGCCAAGAAAUGGCUUGUUAUUAGACUGGGUCCAGAAUCCAUUGCUAAGCAAAUAAGGGACGCACUACAAGAAGGAGAAACCAUUCAAGAAAUGUACAUUAGGUUCAUUACUCUGACAAAUGAGCUGAAAUCUAUUGGAAGGAUUAUUCCUGAAGAAGAGAGGGUUGAAAAAAUAUUGACGAGAGUUUUGCCCAUCACUUGGGAGAGCAAAAUCACUGUCAUCCAAGAAUUAAAGAAUAUUUCCCCUCUUCCACUGGAUGAUUGA